AUGGAGCAACCAGCCUUUAUCUUCUUGAACGCAACAGGCUCCAGUCUUUCCCCGCCGGCUGCGAAGCGAAUGAGGGCACAUAUCACAAAAACCAACUUUGCCAAACGCCGCCAACAUGCUAAUCCAACUGGAUCGGAACAAAAAGAACAGAGAAAGGAUCAAUCACAGCAGUUGAAAGAGAGCGAAAAGCCUAAGAAUAACCAGCUCCUUACAUCAUUGCCGCUUAAAUCUACUAGCUCCGAGUCAGCUCCUGAUGCAACAACUUUCCAUAGGCUCCAAGAACUAGUCUUUCUAGAAGGCAGGCACUCUCCGGGCAGUGCAAGUGAAGCAGCGUGGUUUAAUCUUAUUGCCUCGGACCCGGUGCUAACCGAAGCGUCACUGGCGGUAGCGGUACGGCACUGGUCACCGGAUAAUGCAUGGCAAUUAAAAGCAUGUCGGCAUUCAUAUGCAGCGGUCCAUCUCAUCAAGCAGCGAAUCACAUCGACGGGGACUCGGACGGACGGUGUCCUCGGCGCAGUAACCACUUUAGCAUUCGGGGCGACUCUAGAACAGGAUGAUGUGGCCUGGAAUGUUCAUGUCAUUGGUCUUGCGCAUAUGAUCAAAGAUAGAAAAUCUCGUGCGAUGACUCCGCCGCCAUCAUGGAUGACAGACCUGGUUAUCCAGGAUUCCGUCAACGCCAUCUUCAAUUUCCCACGACUAUAUCAUGAGCGCAUUCUCGAAGCUUUGGUCGAUUACGAGGAUCAGAGGAUUUCUAGAAUAAAAGGGGUCUGUGAUAGCGUGAUCCAGCUACAGAAAAUGAUCGAUUCCCACCAUCAGCACCAAUUUGAUGCGACUUUGGUGGCACGAGAGAUUGAGGAGCCAUUGGCUCAGCUAUACUACGAAGCACGCGCUCUCCGAGCCAUUGACGAUGUAUAUGUCCAGGCCACCGCGCGAGCGAUCGAACUGGUUCUCUGUCUCCUCUGGCCCUUGAAGUCGGGAGCUUACUUGACCCUUCUUGCGGGGGAGUUGAAAGAAACGAUACGUCGAUUCCCGAUCAAGGGUUGCUCCUACAUGAAUUUGACUUCUUUUCCGCUGAUGAUUGGAGCCAUUGCCGCCGACGAGGGCUCGCCCCCGAGGGCAUGGUUUGUUGACCGGUUGGCCCGGGAAGUGCGAGCGAUGCAGUUGCGUGGUUGGAACAGACCACUCAGCCUCCUGCAAAACAAGUAUAAUAAUAACAAUUCCAGACUUAUGGAGCGAUUCAAAGCUCUCUGGCAUGAAUUACACUACGUCGCUAACGAGCUGGAGGAUUGA